CCGCUUAUCAUUCUGCUAAUGCUUAUCUGCUUGUCUACCUACCUCAUCUGACAGACCGUUGGUUUGAUCAUCAUUGCAUUUUUCGUGUUAUCAACUGUGUUUCUGCUUCACGUAGAAUUCAUAUAAAACAUAUUCUGUUUAAAAAAUUGUAACUUGAUAUAUUUAGCGUUCCAGAAUUCGUUAAGUGUAAAAAAUCCACAUUGUAAUGUGGAAUGGACAUUAAUUCAAUUGGUACAGAUUCAUCAAAACCGACUCACAAGCAUUUCUUUUUCUCGUGUCCUGAUAAUCCAGCUGAAACCUUAGCCGUUAUAAUACCUGAGCAACUUCAUGCAAGCUAUGGCAUGUAUACGUGGCCCUGUGCUCCAGUCCUAGCAUGGUAUUUAUGGAGUCAGAGACCUGAAUUAAUCGGGAAGCACGUAAUUGAGUUGGGUGCUGGAACUUCGCUUCCAGGAGUGGUUGCUGCUAAAUGUGGAGCUAAUGUUACACUAAGUGAUUGUUCUCGCUUUACUAAAUGUUUAGAAAACUGUAGAACAAGUGCUGUAACUAAUGGUGUGGGCGAUAAGGUAAAAAUAAUUGGACUCACAUGGGGUACAUUUGAACCACAACUUUUAAAACUUGAACCAGUUGACCUCAUCAUUAGUUCAGACUGCUUCUAUGACCCAACUGUUUUUGAACCAAUUCUCAUGACUGUAUCCUAUCUGCUGGAAAAGAAUCCAUCUGCAAGUUUUGUGUGCUCCUACAAGGAAAGGAGUUCAGAUUGGAGUUUUGAACCUUACUUGUCAAAGUGGAAAUUAUGCUGCAAGACUCUUGAAGUGGCAAGCAUUAUUUCAAGCUCAGUUGUUGAUGUUGCUGAACUCACUCAGGAUAAUACUAUACAACUCUUCGAAAUUCAUCGUGCUUCCUAGUUAUUCCAGUUCUGCAAUAUGGAAUCAAUAAUGGAUCUGGAUUCUGCUUUCAGUGAAGCUUCAGAGACAGUGAAGGAAUUUGUGAACAUUGAUACAACCACCAUGCUGCGGCUCUAUGGACUAUACAAACAAGCAACGCUAGGAACAUGUAAUAUUUCCAAACCAGGAAUAUUUAACUACACAGCACGUCAGAAAUGGGAAGCGUGGAAUGCUCUUGGAACCACCAGCCUCAAUGAUGCAAAAUCCCAGUAUAUCGAACUAGUGGAUAGUUUGGCAUCGAACCAUAAGAAAGGAACGUCAAGUGUUAAAAAAACAUCAGCUUUCGGAGUAACGGUCAGCUGUAUGGCCAAAAUGGAUCAAGAGCUGGACGACAGUGACAAGACAAUUUUUGAUUGGUUGAAAGAGGGAAAAAUCGAACACGUUUCAUCCAUGUUAAGUGUAAAUCCAUCACUUAUAGAUCAACGGGACGAAAACGAAAUGGCAUUGAUUCAUUGGGCGGCGGAUAGAGGCGAUACGUCAAUGAUCAAUCUGCUCGCGAAGAAAGGUGCGGACGUGAACGUUACAGACGGUGAUGGACAAACCCCGUUGCAUUAUGCUUUCGCUUGUGGCCACGAUGAGUGCAUUCGAUUUUUGGAAGAACUUCACGCAAACCAAAACAUCCGAGAUCAUAAUGGUAUGCUCCCUUCUGAGCUGUCAGACUUGUGAGCUAAUUAUACAGUUCAGUUGUUUUCUUAUGUUAUGUUUCUUUCUACAAAUGAGGAUGUCUUUAUCCGUCAAUAAACAAUUUUUCAAG